AAAAAAAUGAGUCGCGGAACUAAAAGCUGGGUGGAGAAGCGGAGAAAUUGAUGAUAUGAACAUAUGUUUGCUAAGUUUGUGUGCAUCAUGUUUCUCGGUAUGUUCUACGACUUAUCUGGAGUAUUUGCAAUCCUCACACAGCUUAAUGCAGCUCAACACGCAAGUUUGAAAGGUUCUCUCGACGAUGCCUUAGGUGGUGUCUUAUUUUACGGCAACUGUUAUCCAUAUUUAAACCACAAACUUAAUUCAACACCGUUCGAAUCCCGUGUUGUUGUUGCUGCAGAGGAUUGUAUAGAAGCAUGCACCGUGAAUCAUCGAUGCCGCUCCAUAAAUCUCAAAGCUGUUCCUGAAGAAAAUAUGACAUUUUCGUGUCACCUCCUCGAUACAGACAAGUUCAAUUCGACGAUUUUGUUUGCUGCAAGUUUGGAUUUUCAUCACUACAGCUUCGUGGCCCCUUGUGAACAUAAUCCAUGUAAGAACGGUGGGACCUGCGUACCAGAUCACCAGAAAUACGAAUACAAGUGCGCCUGCGUGAGAAUCGUUAAGGGAAACCAUUGCGAUGAAUUUUACAAGAGUUGUGCCGAGCUUCGUGAUGUUGGAGUGAGUGAAAGUGGGAUAUACACGAUUCAGGAUCAACAUAAUGGCAGCGUGUUCUACGUUUAUUGUGAUCAAGAACACAGGGAGGGAGGAUGGACUAUGGUAUUCAAAGCGGUGUCUGGUAUAGGAUCUGAUGUUUAUCAUUUGUGGUCCGCCUCAGACGCCUUAUUCGAAAAGCAAAUUGAAUCCUUAAACUUAAACUCUUCGUUUAAAAAUCAUUACAAGAACCGCCUGGUGAACAAAUGGCAAACUUUUGGUCCUAAGAAGGCUCGCGUUGCUCUUUACAAAGAUGGGAGGGAACUGUUAUCAAUUAUGUUUGACGCCUCAAACAGCAACAACGAAAACUGGUUUACCAAAGAUCGAGUCAUUUCUUCACCAUGGACUGACUUGAAAAGCAAUCUGCCUCAGUACUUCUCUAUUGCUGGGGCAUCGGGACGAAGAUUUCAUAUCAGCGGGCCCUACUCCCAUUGUGGUGGAGACUACGGAUGGCUUUCUAUAACCCAGCACCACUGCCCUUACGAAGAAAGCCUCCCGAUUACAUCUUUCAUAUACAGCAGACUUCAAACCAAAACCAACUGGAAUGUUCAGGGUUGGACCAUGGUAUUCAAGGUAGUGGCCGGUGUUGAAGCUGAUAUCUCUCUUCUGUGGUCAUCUACUGACACUUUAAACGAAAACAAAACAGAAUUAUUGAAUACCACUUCAACGCCCAAAGAAAAUUACAAGAACCGCUUGGUCAGGGAAUGGCAGACCUUAGGACUCAAGGAGGCGCGGGUUGUUCUCUACCAAAACAAUUCUGAAGUUCUAUCCAUCACGUUCAACGCAACUGGGACCAACAACAUCAACUGGUUUGCCAUGAAUCAGGUGAUUGAAUCGCCAUGGACUGAACUGGCUAGUGAACCGCGAAACAUCUUCUCUAAUGUUGGUCGAAAUGAUUCCGAUGGCAGAACUUUUCACAUAAACAGGAAUUAUGGGGGAUGUAAUAAUGAUGCAGGGUGGCUCUUGGUGACUGAGGGUAAACCAUGUGAAUACGAUGGGAAGUUUUCACCAAUAGUGAUCUAUUAUAGCAAAUUCGAUAACUACACGAACUGGAAUUCUCAAGGGGAUAUGACGGUUAUACCACACUUUCUAACGUACACCACUGUCAUCUUUAUAUACACACUCGCCUAA